AUGCCUCCCCUCACCUACUACACAAUCCGUGCAGACCAAGACGAAGACCAACUUCCCCCUGCGAUUCGCCCUCUCAAAGAAGAGGAUGGGGACGCCAUCCGUAUAUUGACACUCGGGGAACCCAGUUCGCAUACAUCCGAGGCGUUGUCGCUGGAAAUGCAUCGUUCAUCAACAUCCGAGGAGUAUAUUGCUCUAUCUUACGAAUGGGGCCAAUCGGAGCCGGAUGAUCCGAUAAUCCUUAUCAAUAACCGCCCAGUUCAGGUCCGGAAGAAUCUUCACGAGGCUAUACGGCAGAUCUUCAAACACUAUUCACGUUAUCUAAGACAACGUGGUAAAUUUGAGUGUCCACACCGCCCUGGAACCACGGUCGUGGAUGAGUGGGCGCUAGAAGACCGGGGUGUUUCCGUUACAUCCUUCCCGGGGGAUCGCCGUCGUGGCCCCGUCGUACAUGCUCGGAAACGUAUAAAGAGAGUGAAGAAAGCCUUGGCUCGUAGCCAGAAGCUCAGCCACCACCCUCGAGUAUGUGGCUACAGGCGCCAUAAGGAAGCAUUAUGCCCAUGGACGAAUCUGGAGGAUAACUGUUUCUGGGCGAAACAUGACCCACCUCGACUGUGGAUUGAUGCCCUUUGCAUCAAUCAAAGCGACAUAUCGGAGAAGAGCUUCCAAGUAGGGAUGAUGGGUACCAUCUUCAGCUCUGCCAAACUGGUGUUUGCCUGGAUAGGUUUGCCCAGAGAUGGUAGCGACGAUGCGCUGAGAAUAUUGAGCAUGCCAUCCGAACGGCUGUCCCAAUUCGUGGCAACAGGCGGCCUUACUGACAAUCUGGAAGCUACAAUUGUGUCACUUUGUGAACGCACUUACUGGCGCCGAAUCUGGAUACAACAAGAAAUAUUCCUGGCCCAAAACUACGUUGUCAUGUGUGGUUCUGGGUCCAUCACAUCGGAGUCACUUGACCAAGCUCUGGCCGAUUUAACUCGUCUCCUCUCAAAUGCCCCGAAGAGCCGAGAUAAGAUCAUGCUGAGCGUGGCAUACGAAAUAGUUCUUUCAAAGCGAUAUUACGGUGCAAAUUUCUACACGUUAUUUCGAUGGCUACGUCGUUCUAUUAUCGCCAAUUUUCAAGCUACCGUCCCGCAUGAUUAUCUUUAUGCGCUACUCUCCAUAUCUUGUGACGACUUCACCAGAAUCGAUAAGACCAAGAUCGAAGUGGAUUACGACAAGCCAAUUGCGGAAGUUUACUGUCAGCUUUUACAGUCAUUCGUGGAAGUCCCUACAACGUGGAAUACAGACUGGUUGCUGAAACUUUCGCACAAAAUGGGCCUUUCAUGCGAGGAAGCUGAGACUCUGUUGAACUCGGAGGUUAUGAGGAGAAAUGACGCUGCAAAGGACUCGAAGAGUGAUACCGAAUUUUGGCUCUUUGAGUUUAGACAUCUCUGACUCUGACAAGGAAAUCACGAUACUCGAAGGAGAGCGAUACGCAUCCGGAGCUAACAGACCCGGUGUUUUGAGC